GGCCUCUGGAUGCGCGUGUUGGUGCCGUAAUGCAGUUCGGCAAUUGCAUCAUAAUCUCACCGAAUGCAGAUUAUGUCCCGCAAUUUCCAUUCAUCGACGAUGGGAAAGUCGUGGUCCGUGAAGAUGGCCAUUUUGGCGGACAAUCACCCCAUCGCUGGCCUCAGCCCUUUUCGCGAAAAUACAUUCAUCAUUGCUUCAUACCCUUUGACUUGGACUGGCACAUUUGUAACACAGCCCUUCGCAAACGAGACGAUAUCAAUAACAUAAAAAUUUACGACCCAGACGACAAGACUGACUUUGUUCCCGACCCCCAAGCCUAUGACUCAGAUUCCGGGACGCCAAUUGGCUCUUUACGCUCGGAACUGAUAGAUACGCUUCAACAGGCUUUCUUUGCUAUUGCAAGCAAGUGCGAGGACGUCGGAAGGACACUUCGGGACAGAGGGCAAGAUGGAGAAGCCUACUUGGUUUACAAGCGUUGCGCUCGUACAUGUACGACAGUCCUAAAUCGACUUCGUUCUCUUAAACUCAGUUGGCGAGCCGUGUUAUCAUCCGUUCGUGACAUACAGUGCGGAAUCAUGGAGUUACACGGACUAAACACGUACCUUCGCGACAUCGUCCUUCGCAAGCAAAUCACAAAAAAACAAGUCUAUCGUACGCGUGGCGCAUUCACCAUGGACUUCAAGAUUGCCGAGAAGUUACAAGAACUUGAUAUACCCGUCUGGUUUAUUUGUGAUGCAAGGGCUUUUCUAGGUCGGGUGCUUGAUGUCCAGGACUGUGUUCCGUGGUCGCGGUAUCUCAGCAAGGACUACGUAACCUAUGAAGGGAAGGCGGUUUUGCGGGGGUUCGAUUGCAACCGCAGUGGAUCCUUGCGAAAUCAUCUGUCGAGUCAUUUCAUGUCGGAACAAGCCAUCGAACUGCUACUCGAUGAAAUCCAUGCUUUCGAAAACUUUACUCCCGAGUUUUCUGUUCUGAAUAUCCAAGCUCUAGAAUCCCCAGCUUCGUCUCAUUCAGUGUCAGGUUCUUCGCAGGCCCGUUCUCCUCAACAGCACACACCAAAAGCCGUUUCACGUGUAUUAUCAGGUACAAAGUCAGAUAUCAACUGCGGAGCAACAUCAAAGACCAAGCGGAAGCCGACCAAAAAUGAACCCAAGAAUGAGCCCUACCCAAACUAUGCGCGUCUGCUACACAUUCCAGUCACAAUCAAUAAGGAACCUGAUCUUCCCAAACAUCAUCCAGUGGUUCUCGAAUGCUUGAAGAGCAUUGUGCCCAUUGAACCGGACUAUUCAUUGCCGGCUCGAUACCCGUACCCUCCUCCAUACCUCUUGGUCCAUCGUGAUAGCGACUACUCAGCAAGACUGUACUUGAACUAUAUUCGCAUACGGGAUGCCCUGAUAAAAAGGCAAGAAGAGCCUGGAACACUCGACAAACGUAAUUGGCUCAAAGCUCAGGAGUGGAAAGUCUACUUGCGCGGCGAAUAUCACCAGUCUACACCACUGCCGUCUGGGAGUGCUUCGCAAUUUGUUGAGGGCAUCUACAGUGCCCUGCCAUUGCAAGCAUCGACCGGGCCAAAAAGAAAGAAGAAGACGUCGCAUCGCUACAACCCACGUGACUUGCCUCCGUCGAAGCGACGCCGACUUGUGGGCACUGCAACAGCCAAAUCGAUGAUGGUUGCAGAGUAUGAUAUGGGCUCGCUCGAUCUGGAUGCACGGUACUGGUGGCGCAAUAGGUUUGUGUCAAAAGACGAUAUCAUUAAGCAGAAAUCCAUCCGGGAGGAAGUACAAUACGAAAUAACAGAAAACAGUAUGAGGGCCGAGGUCAGGGCAUUGGACUUCCUAAUCCAUCCACGGGACUCUAUGAGUGACGAAGAACAACAAAAUCGAGACAAGAUGAUCAGUUGUAUCUUCCACCGGGAUGGUUCUCCAGCUGCUAGCAAAUAUGCUGGCAUUAUUGUUGAUCUGUCAGGUCGCAUUGAAGAGUAUUGGGACCAGGAAGUGUCAGAGGGAAAUAUGCAGGCUCUCUUUCGUCUCCUUAGUACUUGGCCAAAUUUUCCGCACCAUGGCACACUGCUUGACUUCAAAACCCUGAUAUCUUUCUAUAUCAGGACUUUCGUACAGUAUUUCAAUCGUGUCCCAAAUAUGCAUUGUUCUGUUCCGGAUUCCCUAGUGAAUUACUAGCCUGGACUUGUGUUGUUGUGUUCUAUAUGGUGCCUGCUUUCCUUUUCCAUCGGUUUGGGUCGCAUUGGUAUUUGUACUGUUAUAUGCAUUACAUUAAAGCCUGUACACUGUAGUAUCUCUUUAUCAAUUUGUAGUGAAUUGC